UUCUACGCCGACCGCACAACAGCGAACACGCAGUCUGCCGCCGGCAGCCCUCUCACUACCGUCCGUCAGACCGCCUGUCAUUCUCCCCGCUCUCGACCCCCCCCCACAACCCACAAACACUCGACGACCGUCACCCCCGUUGUUCGGCAAGCGCUCUGUCACUCGCUGUCCGUCGUCCGUGUCGUCGUCAUCUCCCUCUCCGGCACCGCCGUCACUCUUUUGUCUUUCGCCGUCGCGCGAACCUAGAGAGAACAGCCGAAAACCGUGCCGAGUCUCUUUCCGUCGCCGGUCGUACGCCGCAACACUCUGCUGUUGCAGUGCCGUCAAUUCUUCUCCUCCCCCCCAAAAUUUUUCUGAAAACGCGUCAAAAUCCCUUUGCCCUCCGCGGUUGAAGACCUGCAACGUACCCACCGUCACGUCAACCCGCAAGACCGGCCACGCAGAGUGUCGACCGAUCUUCGCUGUACCACUGUUGUGCGAUCGCAUAUCAUAUAUUACAUCAUCGUAUAUACAUAAAAAUAGAAUAGACGAUAUCGUCGAAGCCGCGCGAUGAGGGUGGAACUGGAAUCUGCCGUAAAGUUUAUAAUUUCGAUGCUGCGCGCGGGACACCGGUCGAAGCUGGUGCGCAGCAAGGGCGACAAGUUCUUCCUGGAACCCGAGAUCGAGAUGCUGCAGAUGUCCCUAUUAGCCGUCAUGAAUCGUCAGUACAAAGACUUCUGGUUUCCCGAGUCGCCAAACCGUGGUUCUGCUUACCGCUGCAUCCGGAUCAACAAGGACAAGAUGGACCCGAUCAUUGCCCGUGCCGCGGACGCUUGCGGCCUAUCAUGCCAUCUAAUUCGCGCGUACCUGCCCGACGAGCUCACGUUGUGGGUGGACCCAUCUGAGGUGUCAUACCGCAUCGGCGAGGAGGACGGCAGCAUUUGCGUACUGUACGAGGGCCCUCUGCCAACACCGCAUGACAUGAUCGCCGCACAGCCGGGCCGGCCUUCGUCAUCGUCGUCGUCUUCGUCUUCGGUGUCCACGUCUCCCGGAUCGUUGUCCUCGUCCUCGCCGCCGUUCAACAACAGCCGCAACAGUCAUCUCCAUCUCCAGCACCAGCAGCAACAGCAGCACCUCCAGCAACAACAGCAGCAGCAACAGCAACAACAACAGCAGCAGCAACAGCAACAACAGCAGCAACAACAGCAGCAGCAACAACAGCAACAGCAACAGCAGCAAAUACAUCAGGCCGACGGCAUGGUGGGUUCGUAUACCAGCUACACGUCCCCGGUCAAACCGUCGAACGUGAUCACGUUCGUGCCGCCCACAUACGGAUCUCCAGUACAGUUCGUACAUUCUCCUUACCAGUCGUAUCCCGCUUUUAUUUCCAGUUAAUUUUAGAGAAAACGUAUUCACACCGAUUCAAAAGGAAAAAUGCUUAUUUCAUGUGUAUUUUAGUGAUUAAGAAUGAAAUGAAAAAAAAAAAACUUAAAAAAUUUAAAAAAAAAAAUAAGAAGCUUAAACAUUUAGAUUUAUAUUAUUUAUUAGGUAAGUACCUAUAUAUAUAUAUUUAUUCAAUAUAAUAUAUUAUAUUAUAUGAACAAUACAUAUAUAAGUAUAUGUGUUGGUAAGAUUUUAUUUACAAACAAAAAAUAACAUCGUAAUUUAUACGCGAAGCACUCAGUAUAUUGUAUUUUUUUACGAUAUCGAAUCACCCCUCCCAACCCUACCCCACCCACCCACGACAAUUGAUUGCAGUGAUCUCAAAAGUCCUUAAGAAGUAUGCUGUAUAUGAGCAUAGGACGUUGAAUUAUUAUUAUCGGAUCGUGUGCGCCUCGUCUCCCUCUCGAGACACAAUCUGUGAUUACACGUUUCGCUAUAAUAAUGUACGUAUGUGCAUAUAGCACAAUAUUAUGAUACCAUUAUUAUCAUAUUGUACCUAUCUAUAUGUCACUUAUACUGUAAGGAAAAAAAGAAUAACGAUAAUGGAAACCUCUCCCAGCCCCUCACCCCUUCCCAAUUAAUUUUUGCAGUCUGUACUGGGUGCUUACUUGAAACGGCUGUCGAAGGACUUGAAAAAAAAAGAAAAUAAUAAAAAAAAAAAGAAUAUAGGUAAUAAGAGCUGCUGAGUAGACUGGGUUGUGUAAUACGUUUUCGAAGAAAAUCGUUUGUAACCAUGUUUUGUUUUGUAUAAUAAUAAAAUCUAUCUAUUUUGUGUAUGUUUAUGUGUGUGUGUGUGUGUGUUUAGGAUUUUUUUGAUCGCUGUUUAAAAAACAUUAUAAUAAAAAUUAUUAUUGUUCCAUAAAGAAUAUUAAAAAUAUUAUAAUAUAGAUGUACCUCAUAUAAAAGGCUUAUAAAAAUACUGAGUAUUAAUAAAAACAAACCAUUUUUGCAUUUUGUUAACCAUUGUUUGCAUACCUAGUUAAUAUAUAGUUUUCUUGAUUGCUAAGCUGAAAAAAAAUUACAUAUUGUGUCGAAAAAGAAUAACACACCUAUUAAUUAGCAUAAUGUAAUGUUAUUAUAAUUAUACAACAUGUACACACACGAUUAAUUUAUUGUAAUAAUAUUCGUCACCCCCCUCAACCACUACCACCACGAUCACUACCACCAUCGCGGCCACCACCUCUCGUCGUGCAAGACGUCUGCAGGCGCCGCCAAUAUUAUUUUGUUCCCCGUUUUAAAAACGUAAUUUUUCUGUUUUUGUUUCUUGAACGUGUGAUGAUUAAAAAAUGUCCCGUUACCAUGUCGGUGCGUGUAUGUACGGUCAAUUACUAUUAGACUUAAAUUUUCGUCAUUCGGCCGUAUGUAUUACUAUAUUAUGUUAAUAUGAUUUUAUUUUACAUUAUAUACUGCUUGGUGGUGACGCGCGGCGCGGCGUUGUAAGCAUAUCGUCGAACGCAUGCGUCCACUUAAUUCGCCGAACAAAAUUUAUUAAUUUAUUGAUUAUUAAAAAUUAAAAUGAUAUAUUGUUCCUCUAAUGUUAAAACGUUGAUUUUUUUUUUCUCUAAGUGGUACACGCAAUUCGUGCAUUAAAUGAGAUAGAGCUCGGAGACCGACUGGCUAAAUAGUUACGUUAUUCGCAUUCUUAUUGAUGAUAAUGAUAA